UUUAUAAAAAUGAACUAUCGAAAUGUUUGUUUAAGAUAAACUUAAAUAACUCCGAUAAAGUAUAACAGGAAACAAUGGUAGUCAUGGAGACAUCCUGACUCCUAAUUGGAAAUUCUCAGGAAGUGGACAAUUAGCAGUUAUAAAAUGUUGUGCCUUUAAUGAUGUUAGCUGUCACCUUUGUGCUCGGGACAAGGAAGACAACUGUGCAAGCGGCUGCAGGGGAGUUGUUCCCCCUUGUGGUGUGCUUGGUGUUCAUGUAGACGGCUCUAUGGCUUUGACACUUGAUGAGUUCAACACUCGACCAGGUCAUAACGCCAACAUGCCAAAGAAAAGCGGAAAGAAGGGAAAGAAGUCCGGCAAGAAAUCCGGCAAGAAGUCUGGAAAGAAGGGAGGGAAGAAAUCAGCAAAGGGGUCAGCGAAGGCAGUGAAAGGGGAGAAAACUGAGGUGGACAUUAUGAGUCAGGCAGCAAUGGAGAACCUGUAUUAUAUUGCACAUGACGCGCCACAGGCCCUAGAGAUGAGGGGCUUUGGAUGGGAGUCUGGGGGAGGGGGAGGCAAGAAGGGGAAAAAGGGCAAGAAAGGCGGAAAAAAGAAAAAGAAGAAGAAAUGAUGAGCAUAUGUGUUUAGACAUUUUAAGUCUGCUAACCUCACCAUCCAGUAACCUCUUGUGCCUUGUCAUUAGUCUGCAAGAGAUCCAUUUUUUGCCAGCUCUGCCAGAUUGUUUUGUGUGAAAUUGCAAUGCAGAUAGGUGUUUGUCACCAUAAAUGUUGGUGUUUAUGGGACGACAGUGAUCAUUUUUGGACUGCCUGUGUGAUUUCGGAAGUUGUUUGUUGUAGAUAUGGAGUGUGACUGAAGGACAUGAUACUGCUGAUGAGUCUGUUGGCCAAAAAAAUCAUAUGAUUCCACAAUAACUGCCAGCAUUACCUUUAUAUCUGUGAUUUGGAUUUUUUUCGUUGAUAAUCUUUGAUUAUAGUUAAUUGUUGGGUAUGGGUUUCUUAACUUUGUUUGUGUGUAAGAUAUUUUAUUUUAUGAUAAUUACUUGAAUAUGCAACAUGAUACCAUGACAUAAUCUGACAAGCAUGUUAAAUUGUUAUUGUACCUUUUUGAUAUACAUUUAUAAAUUAUGUGUGAACUGCUCUUAUAUCAAGUGCUAUUUAUUGCUUUUCAAUUCGGAUACAAUUAAAAAUCAUCUUAACAAAUGUUAAAUUAUUUUGAUUUCACUUGAGCAAUUUAUAUGUCUUUUUUAAAUUAAUUAUCUUUUCUAUCUAAUAUCCAUAAUAUAAAAAAACUUUGUUCAUUAUAAAAAUAAUAAUAAAAACUUCAAUUAUUUUUUUUUUAUUAAGUCAACUUGAUUCGCUGAUUCAUAAGGAAAUUAGGCUUUGAAGCUUGUGCAUGUGUGCAAGAAACACUGCGUGUCUGUGACCACACUUACUACCGCAACCAUAGAAUUUGUGAUGCUGCUUUCCUUAACUUGUACAUGUAUGUAAAAAUCCAUUGAAAUCCAUUUAACUAAAACUUCAUCAUUUUCUUAUUAAUGAAUUUGUGUUUGGAGUUCCACUUUCCAUACGAAGUUACUUGAUAAAUUCAUGAAUCAUUUUACUCCAUUCAAAAAUGGUUAGUAUUGAGAACAUUCUAUAUUCAUUAUAUCAUUUGUACAACAACCUAUAAAAUAAUUUAAAAAAAGAAGAGGAAAAGAAAAUAACACACAAAAUAUAAAAAAUAUCUUCCUAGUUUCUAGGAAUUGAAUAUACUUGACUUUUUAACUGGUUAAUUUGAAAAAGUUAUCAUGACAACUGUUUGAUAUAUUUGUUUUCUCUGCAAAAAAUGCAGUUAUGUGUCAUUAUUUGUUUGUUUAAUUGGGUUUUGUUACCGAUCAGGAUGUUAAACGAUUAUAAAUUUAACUGCCAUUUCAUGUUCACAUUCUUUUAAAUGAGUGUGUUAAUCAAACAGCGUACAUUACAUCUGUCUUUAAUUUGUCUCUGUCUCAAUUAUUUUAUUUCAUUCAGGUUCUGUUAUGUAUGCAGCUUACUGUUAUUACAUGGCUGUUUACAUUUUGUAAAUAUCAACUAUAUAUCAGGUAUAUUUUUUAGUUUAGCUUAUCAUAAGCAUUAGCUGUAUGAAAAUAUUAAUAUAUAUAUAUAUACAUUAAUUAGUGCCAAAAUGUGUACUGUUUUAUAGCUGUUGUGUUGUGGAAAAUAACUAUGCAGUGAGAAGUUUUGUUUAUAUUUUUAUAAGAAUUUUAUAUAAGCACUUGUUAUGCUGUACUUUAAGUUCCACCAAUUUUUAACAACAUAUUUUAGUGAUUCAUUACGAAUCAUUAUUUGUUGACAAGCAAUUUAAACUUCUCUUCUCAAUCAGCAAGACAUUUUUUCAUGAAGUAGUGAGUAUUUCAGUACGCUUACAAAAAUUAUAUUAAGAUUUAUAUUGCCUCAAGCAACAUCAUAACAUAUACAAAAGCUUGGUGAUUACAAACCAGAAAUUCAUUUUGAAAUUAUAUGCAUUGUUUUACCAGAUGUUGUUAAGUUAUUAUGUUUAUCAUUUUUAUUUCAUAAAAUAACUAACAAAAAAUCAAAUUACCAAACAAAUGCCUUUCAUGCCAAAUAAUACAGCAUUUCAGAUACUGUCACGCUUUAAGGUUUAUAUUGCAGCAACCCUUUUGGGUAUGGUUUGAACAGGCACUAUUAUAAUAUGAGCCUUGCUCUGGGAAAACGGGGCUUAAUGCAUGAGUGUAAUGUCAUCAUAGACUAUUCUGGGCAGUCUGCACAAGCUUAUCAGGGAAGACACUUUCCACCUACCAGUAAACUUGAUUUUCAGCUAUAAGAGACUUCUUUUACAAGAAGUGUUACAUUAUUAAAGUGGAAAGUGUUGUCCCUGAUUAGCCUGCAGGGUUUGCACUGACGUUGCCGACUCUUUACAGUCAAUACUGUGAGGUUUUUAUUUCAAUGCACCAAUGAACUUCCUUUUAAAGAUUUCUGUUUAGUCCGAGUUUAUUACAUAAUUUAUAUAAUGCCAUUUAAAGGUGCCUUUUCACAGAUUUUGGCAUUUUUUAACUUAUUCAUUAAAUGCUUUAUAUCGAAAAAUGUAAACAUUGGAUCGUAAAAGCUCCAGUAAAAAUCAAGAAUAAAAUUAAAAAAAGGAAAUGAACAUUGCCCGGACCAGGUUUCGAACCAGUGACCCCUGGAGUCCUGAAGUAAAAACGCUUUAGCCUACUGAGCUAUUCCGCCGAGUACACUUCCUCGACGUAUUUUAUACCUUAUAUAAGCAAUCUUCGUAGUUUCACAAAAUUUAACGACAAAAACAGAACUCUCCAAAUUAUUCAAUCGUUUCGCGUUGCAACGCUUUAUAAUUUUUAGGUUUUAAAAUCGUCAAAAGAUGCAUAUAAUGGCUAUAUUAGACCAUGGUAAAUGUUCAGUAUUACUCUUUCCUCACAAAUAUCAUAACUAAAACGAAAAUUUGCGAAUCUGAAACAACUUUUUUCAAUUUUGUCAAUUUACCAAAGCGUGAAAAGAUCCCUUUAAGCAGUCUGUGAUAUCAAGGUAACAUGUGAUCUCAUUUCAUGGAAAAUGUUCACAGAAAAACUUUGUUUACAUUGGUAUGAUGAUAUAAUGCCAAAUAGUGCUGCAUAUUGUUGUGAUUGACCUUUUGGAUGUGGAUAUUUUAAAUAUUUAAUAAAUUUUUCAAGUGACCAAUUGUUAAAGUUUUAUUACGAAUGUUUGGUUUCUACUAGCACUAAUAUUCUAUCUAUUUAAUAAUCAUCUUUUUUUCUUCUUUUGUGUCAUACACUUGAAAGAUGUGGAGUUUUGUUGUUUUUAUGACAUGAUGGAAAUGUUUCUUUGAACAUUUUUCUUUCUAACAUAAAGGGGAGUAACUCAAAUGCUUUUUAUAUACCUGAGUUCCAGUUCUUGACUGAUGUAUGUUUACUACUCGGUCAGUACUGUAUUAUCCAUACCUAAUAUACUGCAUUCAUUACCUAUCAUCUUACCUACAUAAUUUCUACUAUUUUUGCUAAUUAGUUUUCGAAAUCAACGCAUACGACUGUUACAAUGUUGUUCAUUAUAAAAUAAUGUUUUGUUACAAAGUAUCUAUUUCUUUUGUUAUGUGGUUCAUGUUUUGUCUUUUUUAAUGGUAUUUAGGGAAAUAUAAUUAGGUUUAUAAAUUA